AUAUUAAUACAACGUGAAAUGCGUGCGAACUAAGAAAAUAUUUUAGCUUCUCUAUAUAAGUGAACCAAAGUGCGUAUCAAUAAACCAUCUACCAAUCCUCAAUUUCUACUCUGCAUUAUAUUGUUCAUGGCAAACCAGCUCAUCCUGUUCUUCCUCUGGCUCCUCGCCGGACUCGUAGCCCAUCCAUCAGUUGCACUUGCUUCGUCGCCGGAGCUCUACUGGAAAACUGCCCUCCCGAACACUCCCAUCCCUAGCUGCAUCCAUGACCUCCUUCACCCCCCUGAGACGAGCCCGGGCUUAUGGACGUCGCCGGAGUCCGAAGAGGAAGUGGUGGUUCCCGGAGUCACCUCCAUUUACUACAACGCCGCCAACGCAGCGCAACUCGGCGAAAUGUCCUCUCGGUCUCUGUUCUUCCUCGAGAAGGACCUGUUUCCAGGAGCCACCUUCGACUUGCAAUUCAAGCGAUCCAUUCCCAAACACGCUGACCUCCUCCCUCGCCGCGUGGCCGACGCCCUCCCCUUCUCCUCCAACAAGCUCCCCGACAUUCUCGCGCUUCUCUCCAUCGACCCUAACUCGAAGGAAGCCCGGGAGAUGAGUGCGACCCUGGAACGGUGCGAGGGCACGGCGAAUGCAAGGGAGACGAAGCACUGCGCCACCUCCAUCGAGUCCAUGGUCGACUUCGCCCUCUCGGCUCUGGCCACCGACUAUGUCAACGCCGUGUCGACAGUCGCGAACGCCACGGCAGCGGCGGAAAUGCAGCGGUACGCCGUGGAGGGGUUCGAAAGGAUGGGCGGGGAGGUGCUGGGUGUGUUCUGCCAUGCAGAGCCGUACGCGUACGUUGUGUUCCACUGCCACGCGGUGGGGAAGGGGAUGAUGAGGGAGUACGCGGUGAGCUUGAAGGGGAGCGACGGGAGCCGAGUGGAGGCGAUCGCAGUUUGUCACCUGGACACGACGUCGUGGAAUCCACAGCACGUGAUGCUCCAGGUGCUGCAUGUGAAGCCUGGUAGUACAGAGCCGGUGUGCCAUUUCCUGCCCAGCGACCAUGUCCUGUGGACCCCACGCCAACAAAUGCUGUGACUAAUAAUCCAAAGGGCUGCCAUGUCUCUGCCUAUUAUUGCUGCUUGUGCCUGUCUAUGUAAAAGAACGUGCCUAUGUGGUCUAUGCUCUUGUUAUCUUCAAUAACGACUGCAGUAGAGAAUAGUACUCGACUGCAGUGGUGUGGCGGGUUGCGGUGCUCGGUGUCUAUGCAUUAAUGGAUAGCUUUGCUUGCAAAUAAAUAUAUUUUAGUAAA